AUGAUCGAGUCGACAGUGCCGAGGAAACAGUGGUGGAAGAUCCAGUGGUACUCUGAUGAUGAUACCCCUGAAGAGCGCAAAUUCAUCAUCAAGCUAGACCUGCUGGUCGUCCCCUACGCGGUCCUAGCCUAUUGGGUCAAGUACAUUGACCAGGCCAACCUGAACAAUGCCUACGUCGCCGGCAUGAAGGAGGAUCUUGGAUUCUUUGGAAACGAGCUUGUGCAGCUGCAGACCAUGUAUACUGUGGGAGCAGUUGUCGGCAUGAUCCCCUUUAUGUUCCUGUUCACUUACAUCCCGAUGUACUGGACCAUCCCUGCCAUGGACAUCAUGUGGGGUGUUUUCACCCUGCUGCAAUACCGGGCAACGUCGUUCAGAGAGAUGGCCGCGUAUAGGUUCUUCGUCGGGUUCUUCGAGGCGGCAUUCUUCCCAGCCAUGCAUUAUGUCUUUGGAUCCUGGUACCGUGGCCACGAAAUCGCUCGUCGUGGAGGACUGUUCUACACAGGUCUCAACCUGGGCACGUUGACCGCGGGAUUAGUCGCCGCAGGAGCAUCGGCACGCCUCGAAGGUGUCAACGGCCUCGCCGGCUGGCGAUGGAUGUACAUCAUCUGCGCGCUGAUUACCUUUCCGGUCGGGAUACUCGGCUACUUCCUCCUCCCAGGCACGAUCGACCAGCCCAAUCGAUGGGUUCUCAACGGCAAGGACAUUGAAGUCGCCAAGAAGAGGCUCGAGAGAGCCGGCCACGUCACGCACGGCACCUUCAAAUUCGGACACCUCAAGAAAAUCUUCCUCAGCCCCCAAUUCUGGACCGUCAUCCUGGUCGACGUCCUCUUCUGGAACGCGGGCAUCCACAAGAGUACGGGAAGCUUCCUGCUCUGGAUCAAAAGUCUGCAGAGGUACUCGCCCUCCAAGAUCAACGAGCUCGGCACGAUCGCCCCGGCGCUGGGUAUCCUGUACAACCUCGUGGCGUGCUUCGCAUCCGACCUGAUUCUCGGGCCCGCGUGGGCCAUCACCUUUGCUUCAGGAUUCAACGCUGUCGGGCUGAUCAUCCUAGUGGUCUGGAAAGUCCCCGAGGCGGCGCUGUGGUUCGCCUUUUCGACCAUGUACUGGUCAAACGCCCUAUCGAGCGUGUUUCACGGCUGGGUGAACACCCUGCUGCGCGACUCGCCAGAGGAGAGAUCCUUCACGCUGGUCAUGAUCACUAUCAUUGCGCAGUCCUCGACGGCGUGGACGCCGCUACUGACGUUCCCGACGGUAGAGGCACCGCGAUACCCCAAGGGGUUCGGUUUCUGUCUCGGAUGUGCGCUUGCGCUGAUCGCGUCGACGCAUGUACUCAACAUUUACAUCAAGCGCAAAAGGUGA